AUGAAUACAGAUGGGUUGUCAAGGGAGAAGGUAUCAGAUUCACAAAUAACCAGUGAACAGAUUUUGCAAGAUGCUUUUCAACUUAAAGAUGAACCUUUAAACCGUCCUAAACAAUCGAUCCAAGACUUGGAUGAAUUACGAUCGUUUCAACUUACCAAAAGAAAGGAGUACGAACAGCAAUUGAAUAAGAAUAGAUUAAAUUUUGGUCAGUGGUUAAGGUAUGCGAAGUGGGAAGUAAAGCAUAAUCAUGAUUUUCCCAGGGCAAGAUCGAUUUUUGAACGUGCUUUAGAGGUGAACGUACAGCAUAUUCCGUUCUGGACACAUUAUAUUCAAUUUGAACUUUCACAUAAAAAUAUAACACAUGCAAGAAACUUGCUAGAUAGAGCUGUAACCACAUUGCCCAGGGUUGACAAAUUAUGGUUUCUUUAUGUGCAAACAGAAGAAACUUUGAAGAAUUACCAAAUGGUUAGAAUAAUCUUUGAAAGAUGGCUAUCAUGGAAUCCUAAUCCUUCUGCAUGGGAUGCUUAUAUAAAUUAUGAAAAAAGAUACGAUGAAUACGAUAAUGCAAGGGAGAUCUACAUAAGAUACGUUCAAAUUCAUUCCUCUGGUGAAAUAUGGUUGAAAUGGAUUGAUUUUGAAAUGAAUGACGUUCCAAUAGACCCUGAACAGGUCAAACGAAUCAGGAAUGUCUUUGAAUUAUCAGUAGAUUCAAUGCUAGCAUCAGAAGCAUUAAGGGGGGAUAUACUGCUUGCCGAAAUAAUUAAUAAGUGGUCACUCUGGGAGAUAUCAGUGAAAGAAUAUGAAAGGGCAAGAGCCAUAUUCCAAUUAAUGUUGAAAAGCGAUACUAUUCAAGAAAUUAUAACUCCGGAACAAAGGAAUCAAAUUUAUCUGUCAUACACCGAAUUCGAGAAAAGCUACGGCGAUAAAGAUACUAUUGAAUCCAGUAUCAUGAUAAAAAGAAAAUUGAAAUAUGAGGAGGAAGUGAAUAAAUCUCCGCUGGAUUACGAUUCGUGGUGGUCUUAUAUUAGUAUUUUACAACAAGAAGAUAACAAUGAAGUCACAAGAGAAACUUUCGAGAGAGCAAUUAAGGUGAUACCGACAGAUGCUUUCAAAUCUACGGUUUGGAGAAGAUAUAUCUACAUAUGGGUCAAAUAUGCAUUUUGGGAAGAGUUCACUAUGGGUAGUAUUGAGAACGGCCGAAAUAUCUGGAAUAAAGCUUUGAAGGUUAUUCCACAUAAACGUUUUACAUUUGCCAAGAUAUGGAUAAGCUUUGCGCAAUUUGAAAUAAGAAAUGAUCCAGAAAAUGGAUUAGCAAGCGCAAGAAAGAUAUUAGGUAGAUCUAUUGGUCAAUCAAGUACUGUUAAACCCAAAAGAAAACUAUUCAAAUUUUACAUUGAGUUAGAACAAAAAUUGGGCGAAUGGGAUAGAGUUAGAAAGCUUUACGAGAAAUGGUUAGAACUAUCAUUGGUAGGAGAAAAUAAUCUAUCUACUAUUAAUUCCUUAUUGACCUAUAUUGAUUUUGAGAAAAAUAUACAAGAGCACCAAAGAUGUAUUUCUCUUUUUGAAUUGGGUGUUCGGUUGGCGGAAGAUGAUAAAAUAUUUACUAAAGUCAACCCAUUAGAGUAUAUGUUGAUGCAAUUUAUAAAUUACUACAAAGAAGAAAUGAGAUAUGCUGAAGCUAGACUGUUAUAUAGGAAGUUGGUCGAACGAGUCUCAACGCCUAAAGUGUGGAUUUCAUUUGCCUUAUUCGAGUCAUCGAUUCCUACUGAUUCUCAAUUAAAGGCUUUUGAAGAAAGCACUGAAGAAGAAUUUGAAUUCUCAAUCGAUGAAACACACAGAGAAACGACUAGAAGCGUUUUUAGGGAGGCUAAUGAUUUUUUCAAACACAACAAUUUGAAAGAAGAUAGAGCCGUUGUUAUCGAAGCAUGGAAACAAUACGAGGAAGCCAAUGGAUCUGAGGAGUCGUUGAGGGAUAUAACCAAAAAGCUUCCUGUCAUAGUCAAGAGAAGAAGAUUAAUAGAAGGCGAAGAAGAAGAAUACUUGGAUUACAUAUUUCCAGAGGAUGAAGAAGCCAAACCAUCUAAAAUAUCUGGCCUUAACGCAUUCUUGGCCAAUGCUCAAAAAUGGAUGGCUAAUCAAAAUUAG